GGUGGUGGUGGUGGUGUGCCUGAAGACCUGUCAUUAGAAGAGAGAGAAGAACUUCUAGACAUUCGUCGAAGGAAGAAGGAACUUAUCGAUGACAUUGAGCGGCUAAAAUACGAAAUUGCGGAGGUGAUGACAGAGAUCGACAAUCUGACGUCUGUAGAGGAGAGCAAAACUACGCAGAGGAACAAGCAGAUCGCCAUGGGGAGGAAGAAAUUCAACAUGGACCCCAAGAAGGGAAUUCAGUUCUUAAUCGAAAACGACUUGCUGCAGAGCUCCCCCGAGGAUGUCGCCCAGUUCCUUUAUAAAGGAGAGGGCCUGAACAAGACCGUCAUCGGGGACUACCUGGGCGAAAGGGAUGAUUUUAAUAUUAAAGUGCUUCAAGCUUUUGUUGAACUCCAUGAGUUUGCCGAUCUCAACCUCGUACAAGCCUUAAGGCAGUUCCUGUGGAGCUUUCGGCUUCCCGGGGAGGCUCAGAAAAUCGACCGCAUGAUGGAGGCCUUCGCUUCCCGCUACUGCCUUUGCAACCCUGGGGUCUUCCAGUCAACAGAUACCUGCUACGUGCUAUCAUUUGCCAUCAUCAUGCUCAACACCAGCCUCCACAACCACAAUGUGCGUGACAAACCCACGGCCGAGCGGUUCAUCAGCAUGAACCGUGGUAUCAACGAGGGAGGGGAUCUCCCCGAGGAGCUGCUGAGGAAUUUAUAUGAAAGUAUUAAGAAUGAGCCAUUUAAGAUCCCUGAGGAUGACGGGAACGACCUGACCCACACGUUCUUCAACCCUGACCGGGAAGGCUGGCUCCUGAAGCUGGGAGGUCGCGUGAAGACCUGGAAGCGGCGCUGGUUCAUCUUGACAGACAACUGCCUAUACUACUUCGAGUACACGACGGACAAGGAGCCCCGCGGAAUUAUCCCGCUGGAAAACCUCAGCAUCCGAGAGGUGGAAGACCCUCGGAAACCUAACUGUUUCGAGCUUUAUAACCCGAGCCACAAGGGCCAGGUGAUCAAAGCCUGCAAGACAGAAGCCGAUGGGCGUGUGGUAGAAGGGAACCACGUGGUGUACCGGAUCUCUGCCCCAAGCCCAGAGGAGAAGGAGGAGUGGAUCAAGUCCAUCAAAGCAAGUAUCAGUAGGGACCCUUUCUAUGACAUGUUGGCGACAAGGAAGAGGAGGAUUGCCAAUAAGAAGUAA